AUGGAUGACGACGCUUAUGAGUAUAACAUCCUGCAAAAGAGCCCCAAAGAACUUCACCAGGAACUACGCAGGCACAUUACAGAUGUCAAAGAAGGGCUGGAACAGUCUGAAGAUAAGUCUGACCUUGACGAACAUAUCAUAGAUGAACUCGCUCGCAUGGUCUAUGGGUCCAAUAUGAUCGAGAAUGUUGGCGGAGGUCUCGACUUCACACUAAAGCUCUGCAAAGACGUCUUCCGAGGAGGCAAAGAGCCUCCCGAAGAGAUUAGCGAACGUGACCCAGAUUACGAACAACUCGAAAUUUAUCUCUCGAAUAACGACUUACCUUGCAAACAUGCCGAUAUCCUUCAAAGUUACCGAGAGAUCGUUCAACACGCCGAGGCUGCCCGGUUCAUGAUCGAGCAAGUCUGCAUCAACAGCAAGGGCUUAUCUGAGGAUAUCAUCGUGCAAGCUCAUGGUGACCUGACAUAUAAAAUCGAAAUCAGCGAACAUAUAUCCUGGAACGUAUACAGUGGACGGUACCGGUUAUGGAAUGUCCAAUGUGGUUCUCAUGUCUUCAUGGACCAUAGCAAGGUCCGCAUUGCGAUGCGCGACAUGAUAGAGGAACUAGAGUCCGAUAUCAAGAAGGCUACGAACAAAGGACAAAUCGACCCGGUAGCGCUUGCAAGUAAGUACUGCCACCAGUUUGUUAACAUCCAUCCCUUUGGAGACGGCAACGGCAGGACAUGCCGUCUUAUUCUUAACACUCUCCUCAUUAAGUACGGCGGUGGGUGUCCCAUCGUCAGCAUCAGGCAGGACGGCAGAGAUCGACGAGAGUAUUUGCGCAUCGCCGUGGCGCAAAGUAUGGCGCAGCUCGCGUUUUUCACACUACAACAUGCCCGUGAUAGCAUGCUUAGGCUAAAGGAGGCAACAAAACUUAGGGUAUCUGUCCUAAAUGAUGAAAAGACUCGGAAGUUUAUUCCCGAACUCAAAAGAGGCACUUUUAACCGCCACACACGCGUCGGACAUUUUAGCGAAAUCCGGGGUUACAAGACGAAAGCUGGAAAUAAGCGCAUCUCAAAAAACUUCAGGACUUUACUCUAA